CUUCGUCGUCCAAUACACACGACCCCAAGAUUUCUUACUGUCAAGAACAGAUAGCAGAUUCCGGUGUGCAGUCUCAAGACUUGGACUUACGUCAUUCAGCGUUGCUGCCUCAUCGCAAACCCUGGUCAUUAUUAUCGCUGUGCGGCUGGCUGACUGCGGACGCGGGGAUUUGUUUGACCGCACAACCUCCAUGACCGAGGGGUCCAACGCGGCUGAAGCUGAAGGCUGACAGUAAGGCAACAACCGCCACAGCAACAGAGUCCUCCUAGCAGCGACAAAUACUUUCUAGCCUCAUUUCACUCCAUUCAACCUCAUAGACUUAACCAACUUCAAGCUCAACCUCCCACGAAAGACGAUGUCCGAAGCUACCCCCAUUUCCCCGCCUGGUCCUCCCACACCCAGCGACCCGGCCGCCAACGCUACGUUCGCCCAUAAAACCUCCACAGCAGCCACCACCACCACACCUUUCAUUGAUACCAGCACGCCUGCAAUCAAUGCAGCCCCCGUUGAGCUGGAUGGCGCAUCGAUAAGCCCCGAUCAAAUGAGCCGGAAGGCGGGAACGAAAGAGUCUCAAUCAACCGACCUUCCACCAAGUUCAGGUAGGGAGAGAUCAGGCAGCGUUGUUGUGAGUCCUGGUCUUGACGAAGAAGGCGAGAUAGAGAGAGAGUUCUUGGGCGAGGGUAACGUGGAGGAAAGCGCUCAUGUCAAACAGAAGCGAGCAGCCAUGCUGGCAACUCGGAGCAAAGACCCCGGCGUCAUUGUCGAUGUAUCAAACCCGAACCCAACUGCGGAGGAAGUCGAAGCUGCCAAAAGUGCAGACGGUGCAAGCACGCCAGCAAUUCCAGCAACAGGGGAACCAUAGAUAUCAUAUACGGCCAUGUCUGGCAUCUAGUAUAGCGUUCUUGCCGUGGGUCAGCUGAGAGAGCGUAUCCUCGGAGCGACCAGGGUCUUUGGCGUAAUAGAAUCAUUGUAUACACACAUUCGAGGAUUGACACAUUUGUAGGCCAAUCAUGCCUCUUGUAAGGCAACGCAACCAGGAAAGAUGUCAGUAAAGACCCAUGAAAAAAUGAUGCUUGUCUCGAGUCUCUCCUCCAAUAGCAGCACAAGUGUUCUUAGCAACCAUCUAGCUAUUCGUGGGGACAAUAUCAUAGCCCAAGACAACAUUGGAGGACACGACCAUGCUCACGUGUGCCCAUCGCGUGCGCCAUUCAAUGUUCUUUAAAUAACAUCGGAACACGUGCGGAUUGGCUGAUGCACCCUCAAUGGCACGGCAUGGAAACGAGGGCUAUCUGCUUAUUCAAGCUUAUCCCAUUCACCGCUAGUAGAUAUUCAUUGAUGAGUGGCACGGACGCGGUGCCU